AUGGGCCUCGAGCGCGUAGUGUCUGUCCCCGCAGAAUGUCUUCAAUCUCUCGGCCAAGAGCCUGCACCGACCAGCGCUACCGCUCAGGGAGAAGCCAAGAAUAACCAGAUUCGGGCGCUAUUCACCGUGAAAGCGCUACAUUUAAUGGCGCUUUUCCUCUUCGUCCAUGUUGGUGUCGGUGUCGCGAAUGGAGGCUGGUCGGUGAGCUACAUGAUUAAUGUGCGUGGGGGAGGUGCCCAGAGCGGGUAUAUUGCGGCGGGUUACUCUGGUGGCGUGGUACUGGGCCGCAUUGUGUUGAUUCCCUUGAACAAACUGGUCAGUGACAGCCGCCUUCGAAGAUUUAUUCUGACUCCUUCAAAAAAUCGGGUCGUAUACGUAUAUACCCUCAUCGCCAUCGGUCUCCAGUUGGUCGUGUGGCUCGUCCCCUCUCUGGUCGGUGAUGCCAUCGCGCUCGCCUUUGGCGGGAUGAUGUCCGGCCCGCUAUACCCGCUUGCGCUCAACCGGGCCACCAGACUGUUCCGCUCCCAUCUGUUGACGCCUGCUAUGGGCUGGAUGGCCGCCGUCGCUACUGUUGGCGGGGCCAUCAUCCCAUUUAUUGCUGGGGCGAUCUCAAGCAGAGCCGGCAUCAAAAGUCUACAGCCAGUGAUCGUCGCAGGAAUGGCGGUGAUGCUCAUUUUGUGGACAUUAGUCCCACAAGCAACUGCACCAGUUGCUGAGGAAGAAAAGCGCGCGACUGAAGUGAAGGAUGAAAAGCAUGCGACGAGCCCCCAACGUGAAAUUUAG